AUGUUGCUCUGCGUGGUUGCUAUCAUAAAUCUCAUCAUAUCACAAGUUUCGACUACGAACAGUAGUUUUUUUUUAUUAUUGAAUCUUUAAGAAAUUUUUGAUCGAAUUUCGAACUACUUUACCAUUUUUACUUUUGUAUAUCUGAAAUCAGAAGUUUUAAUGGAAUUUUUAUGAAUGGAAAAAAAAGGAAAAAUUUAAAAGCGCAAGAGAAAUAAGAUACACAUAUUCAAUCAGAAAAAUUGAAGCUAAAAGUAGGGACCGCAAGGCCACACCCCCUCGCUGACCAAAAAACGUCGUAUAUUUCGUUGCAUUUUUUUGACAUUUCAUUGUUGUUUAUGCAGUUUCCCUGAACCGUUUUGGGAAAAAAUUGAGGGAAAGAUACAAUCGGCUAUGCUCUACAAUUCUACACAGAAGAAAUAGCUGUGAAUAAAAAAAGGAUCGGUUAAAAUGACGUUUUUUCGUGACGCCUUUGUGCGAAAAAGUGGAAAAACGUUGAAUACUUACAAUCCCGCUCGUAGGCAAGUUAUUUUUUUUUCUUAUUUUGUUAAGCAUGUAAAAAUACACCAUAUAAGUAAAAAAAUAAAAAAAGAUUCCUGCUUGUGCUUUCAAGUAUCGAAGCGUCGGAAAAAUCGCAACUUUCGAAAUUCGGGAACUUUGGCAUUUUCCGCGAAACAUCGUAAAAAAAUUUUUUUGAACUGUUCUCUAUAAAUUUUAGAACAUUUUAAAAAAAUAAAAAAACAAAACUUUUAUUUCAAUUUUAAUUUUAAAAAAAUAAGUUUUGAUUUUUUUGAUUUUUGAAACACUUGGGAAAGUGUUUUAGCAGUCGUAGGCAAAUUAUUUUUUUUCUUAUUUUGAUUUGAAUUACUUUUUUCUUCAACAUAGUCAAAAAUGAAAAAAAUCCUGCUUGUGCUUUCAAAAUUUGAUUCAUUCGAACAAUAAAAACAGCAUCCUGCAUUUGCGCGUUGGCGAAAUUGUGCAUUCACCGACCCACGAAAAUUCCGAAUUCGCGAUGUUUUCAAAGCAAAAAUAGCGUAAAACUUUUUUGAAAUGAGUCAAAACGUUCAGUAAUGUAAUUCGGAAAAACAAAAUAGAGCUUCACAUGCUUUUUCCAGAACAAAAAAAUUAUUUUUAGUCUCGCCAAACUCCCACUAUCCGGAUUCCACUGGAAAAACACGUUCAAAGUCGGGAAAUUCACCUGAAUAAGACAUAAAAGUGGAUUUUAAUGAGUUGAGCGCAUUUAAAAGUGCUGUAUUGCUACAAGAAUGGUUAUAAAAGUCAUUAAUAAUUAAUUUAUUCGUGUUUCUAUGGAUUCACAACCUUUUAUUGGUUCCGAAUUCUGUAUCGAAUCUUGUUUCAGGGAGAAUUUGCGUUUAUCCAUGCUUCCUAAUGAUAUUUUAACAGUUUUGAACAUCAAAAAGCAUUGAAAAACUCCGUAAAUAUUAAUUUUUGCUUUUUUUGCCGUUGGAAAUCGUUCAACUUAUUCUUUUUUUCAGUGUUUAUUUUUGCUGGUCCUCAUCUUUGGACAUUGUUCUAUCAUUUCCAAUAAUGAAAAACUAUCAUUAGUGUGUUUUAGUGCGAAAAAAAUUAACAAGAAACUUUUUCUCUAAUUUUUUUUACUGGUCUUUGAGAGCGCGCCGCACCCUUGCAACGCCCACUUUUUUCGCGACCUCGACCAAAUUUUCUACAGAGAAUUGAAAUCGCGAAACGCGCGCUUUCAUGGCUGUAACUUCGUUCAGAGUCAGUAUUUUUCCAAGAUCUCUUUUUUUAAAAGUUGCCAGGACUAUGAAGUACACGGUCAUAUGAAAAUCAUUUAAAUCUGAUGGUUUCUAGAAAACUGCCUGCGGUCCCUAGCUAAAAGCAUAAUUUCAAGGGACUUUGUUUUGAAAAAAAUUUUAAAGCGGGAACAAGUUCAGGAGUAGAAGAGUAACAUCACUGCAUAAUAAGAGAUGCUAGUGAAGACAUUUCGGUGAACAUAAAAAACGGAUGUAUUGCAAAACGUAUUAUCAGUUGAAAACAAGCAAAAAUGUUAAAAUAUAGAAAAAUACCAAAUCAAUGUUAUUGAUUUUAACAUCUGAAUCAAGGCCGAAAACAAAAAACCUUGCCAAUUUUCUGAAACUGCAGAUGUUAGUCGUGUAUGUCCUCUAUGGAAUGAGCUGACGAUGGCGACGAUGAAGGACUGCGACGAAUGGAUAGCCGACCCGAGACUAGGCGGAAAGAAGGUCGUGGUCGACGCCGGCAGAUGGACUCCCGAAGCCUGGAAGAACGUGACGUCGAGAGUCUGGAGCCUCAGAAACGUCACCAUUUUUCUCAACGCCACCAAAUAUGUCCACUUCGACUUCUCCUCUUUCACUUCUUUCAAAGGUAGGAUUUUCGGAACCUUUGAGGGCCUGAAGAGGUCUUUGAACGAUUGAACGAAAAUAGAAAACAGAGUACGGUGUGCCUCAAAAGUAGGCUCUAAUCAGAGUUUAAAAGAUCGAAAGUUUUGAAGAUUCGGAGACAAAGAUCCGUUUUUUCAGGUCUUACUAGAAAACUCCGCUGUUGACAAGCUUUUGAGAAUUUCGUUGAUAGUUCGAAAAAAAAAAGUGCGCAUACGUUGAGAUAGUACUGCGAUGGGAAGGACGCCAGAGAAAGAUGCAUCUUUGUUUCUCGGCGUCUCUUCAAGACUGGGCUGCUCUCUCGCUUUUUCUCGUGCCAAACUAAUUUUUCAGCUUUCUUUCCAAGUUCUUAAAGCUUGAGAAUAAGAUGAAGUGAAGUUGUGACCUUUCUCUAUAGGAGCACAUCUCUAACUUUCAAAAAAUAUUUUUCAACCGUAUCUCGAAGUAAAAAAGAGAAAUUAUCAAUUCAUCUAGUUUGAUUCAAUAUCUUUUUCAGACAGUGCUCUCAACGUAACCUCGAACAACCACUUGUUGGAAAUCUCUUUCAACAAAACUUUCGAUGAUUUCUCGAGCAUGUUCGGUCUGGCGAUAAAGUUGCGUGGAAACGGAAUUCUUCCGAAGAGGAUCAUCGACAAAGUCGCCUUCUUUUGCGCACAGUGCGAUAUUCAGGCUUUUCGAGGUUCUCCCGAAAAGAAAGAACUUUUAAUUGAUUUAUUUGAGAAUGUUCGUUUCCGAAUCCUAUCCAAAGCGAUAGCGAGUACGAGAAAUGCAACGAAGUCUACGGAAACAUGAUGUUCGGCACGGAGUUCCGAGAGAUCUAUCCAUUGCCUUUGUUCUCUCGUGUCCGUGGCUGUAUCCAUGUAUGUAAACUUCAUUCGGAACUAUUUGAUGAGUCUGACCUGUCUGCGCUCUCUCUUUUAUGCUACUCUCUCGAUCAUAUAAAUUCGCAAAGAGCGUAUGGAAGUCAGGAUUUUCGGAUCAAACGAAGCUAAAAAAAGAAGCUUUUAUCUUGAUCCUCUUCACCUGAUGUCCUUUUAUCUACCAAAAGAUUAAUCUUCAAAAAAAUUACCCUGAAAAGCAUGAGAAGUGAAUCUUAAAGGCAUAGGGGCAGUAAAAAAUGGGGUUUCAGGUGAAAGCAGUAUCUUAUACAGUUUUUCUUUGCGAAUCGAAUGGUGCACUCAAAAAAAUUACAGAUGUGACCACUUUAGAAGAAAAACGCCAUUUUUCUUUCCCGCCUUUAAUUUUGAAAAAAGCUUUGGAUCGGCCUACGGACAAAUGUUUACAGUAGCGGUGCACGCGAUGUUGCGGACGUCUCAUUAGACUCGCAUUUUGGGAGAAAUAACCGGCUAUCUGCUUCAAAUUAAGGGUUUCUUCUCUGAAAAAUUGAUUGAGAAAACAGAAAACACACACUGAUAAUAAAGAAAACACAAAUAAUCGCUAUCCCAAUCGAAACCUGUGUAAAAUCAUCAUUUUUCACCAGAAACGCUUUUUUGCGAUCAAAGUUUGCAAAUUAUACAUGAAUGGAAAGUUUUUGUGACAAAAAGAACUUUGGUGACAACAGAAAAAGUUGAAAUUUGAAAGAAACGAAGAAAAAAGCGAAAAUCCGGAAGCCUGUUGUCCAUAGAGCAACCUUACUGCAAAGCGUCCUUUUUGCGGGAACUCAAACUUUCCUCUCUCCGACUUUGAAUUAUUUUUUCUUCAAAAUUCCGUAUAAAAUCUUCACUCGAAGUGGUCGCUCUCAUUCUGAGGCUUCCACCUAGAGCACGGUCUCCGGGCUCCAGCUACACCAUCCGCUACAUUCUGAGCUCGUCAAGGCGCAAUUGGAUGGACUACGCGCAGAAGGACGAGGCGAAGGACCGUAAGACCAUGCUUUCAACUCUUUCGACUACACGUUUGGACUUCUAGUUCGCCAAAGGCGGUUGUUCGUUAUAGCUUUUAAAGUUCUUGUUCACCGCCUAGUCGAUUACAUCAGACUAAAACAACAAAAUAAAUGAUUUGAUUUGAUUUGAUUUGAAAACUAGGAAGUUCGGUACGUUUCCAAGUCCACCGUUCGAUUUGCAAUGAAAAGCUCUACAAAGUACUGCUUUGAACUGAAACACCGUUUUUUUACUGCCCCUAUGCCUUUAAAAUUGUGCUUGGAAGAGCCAAAACUGUUGGUUUUAUCCGGAGUUUUUGCACAAAAAGCCUGGCUUUUCCACUUUUAUGAACUGAUUUUCGAAACUUGAACUAUCCAAUUGAAUGCGUUUCAAAGCUAAAAAGGGUUUAUUCUCGGCAAAAUACCCCAUUCUCAGGUCGUUGGCACUCGGAUUAAAGACAUGAGUUUUUUGAAUCACGUCGAUGUUCAUUGCGAAGGUCUUCCCAUGAACAAUGGUAUAAACAAUUAGAAAAAAAAACAACUUUUUUCCUUUCAGUCAUUGCCAACAAUCUCUACGCAUGCCACGACCGCUUCAACCACGAUCCUCGCUUCAAACUCACCGUGAAGACAGAAUUUGACUGCCUGAGUUUGUCGAUUCCGACGGUUUCGCUGGAAUAAGAGGCAUUUCUAGAAGGCGAAUGUUUGGGUGACAAAGUGACGAAAGAAUUCUCGACUAAUUACCUCGGCUGCUCCCGUGUGCAGAGUGAUCUCACGAUCACCAACUCGAGCGGUUUUUCUUUCGAUUUUUCCGGAAUUUGUGCUCAAAAAGGCCUUUUCAGGAAGUUUCGAUAUCAUGCAUCUGUCAAGCAUCCGCGAAAUCAUCGGCCAGCUGACCGUCAGAAAUCAUAAUGCCAGUGUUUUCCAUUUUCCGCUGCUCAGGAAGAUCGAAAGCCAGUCUUGUCAGUUUUUUUUUUGGUGUUCUGUGUUUGAAACUUGAUUUUUUAUAGCUUUUUUUCGUAAAUCAAAGUUAACUCCAUAUAAAGUAGCUAUCAUUAUUCUUUUUAGGUAAAAGAAAGGCAUAAAAUUGGAAAUGAAGGGAAAUAUUCGAGGAAAUCUGUCGUUUUCAGGUCCAGCCUUGAGAAUUGAAAACAUGACCAACCUGGCGAGGUUCUACGUCUCCCCUCUGCUCAAGAUGUCAUGUGAAGGCCAGUUUCACUUUAAUUUUCGAUUAUUAAUGUAUCGUUUUCCAAAUUGAUUUUUCGGUCCUUGAUAAUUUUUGUAUUUCUUUGUCAAUAUUUAUAGUCAUUUUUUAAGACGACGACAGUCCGGUCGUCGUUAUCCGCAACAAUACGAAGUUGAGGGUCUCUCCGGUUAGUCAAGAUGAAAAAAACGAAACAAAUACUUUUUUUCAGAUAUUCUACCGCACUUUCCAGAAUAUCCCACACGAGCUGGAAGGCGUCAAGUUCCGUGGAGACGAGCAAUUGGCCAUCCUGAUCAGUUUUGUCUUUUUAUCAUGCGGAAAAUUCAAUAAUUGGAUCCUCAGAAGUUCUCACGGCGAUCGUACUGUUCAUGACGUUUCUGCUCUUCGCCGAGGUCUUCGUUUUUCUGAUUCGAGAGGAGCCCGAGCAGGCCUUGACCACCGUUUCUACCUCGGGAAAGACUAAACGAGGCUACACUCUCUCCCGAUCUCGUUGA